CAAGAAGAAAGUAAGAAUCAUCUGAUUUCUGAACUAAAGUAGAAUUACUAAAAACAAAACGCGACGUUGAAGGUUGAAGAAAGAAAAUAAGACGAAUAUAGCACGCGCCACUUGAUUAAGGAAAAACAAUUGAAGAGAAAGUGAAAGUGAAAGUAGAGAAUAAAACCCUAAGAUGGAGUCGCACGGUGGAGGACCACUUCGUUCCCGUAGUUCACAGUCCCCUUCUCCUUCCCACUCCGCUUCCGCCUCCGCCACCUCAUCCAUCCACAAACGCAAACUCGCAUCUGAAGAUCACGCGCCUCCGUUUCCCCCUUCUUCCUUAUCCGCCGACACACGCGACGGCGCCCUAACUAGCAAUGAUGAUCUCGAAAGCAUCUCCGCCCGCGGCGCCGACUCUGAUUCCGACGACGAUUCAGAGGACGCAGUCGUCGAUGACGAUGAGGAUGAAUACGACAAUGACAAUGGCUCCUCCAUGCGCAAUUUCACUGCUUCCAGGCUCAACAAUGCUCCAUCCGCUCCUCGCAAUUCCAAGCUCAAAGCUGAAAAUUCCACCGUUAAGAUCGAGAAUUCCGACGUCGCUAAAGACGCCGGACCUCCAGUCUCCGGCUCUACCGCCAAUGCAGGCUCCGUCCCCGGGAUUGUGGUUAAGGAAGACGCUACAAAGAUAUUCACUGAUAAUUUGCAGACAAGUGGUGCUUACAGUGCCAGAGAAGAGAGUCUCAAAAAAGAGGAAGAAACUGGGAAGCUCAAAUUUGCAUGCCUUUCGAAUGAUGGUGUUGAUGAGCAUAUGGUUUGGUUGAUAGGAUUGAAGAAUAUAUUUGCUAGACAACUUCCCAAUAUGCCGAAGGAGUACAUUGUCCGACUUGUUAUGGAUAGGAGCCAUAAGUCUGUAAUGGUUAUAAGGCGUAAUAACGUUGUUGGAGGCAUUACAUAUCGUCCAUAUGCAAGCCAGAAGUUCGGUGAGAUAGCCUUUUGUGCAAUUACGGCUGAUGAGCAAGUAAAAGGUUAUGGUACCAGAUUGAUGAAUCACUUAAAGCAGUAUGCCCGUGAUAUAGAUGGGCUGACACAUUUUCUCACAUAUGCUGACAACAAUGCUGUUGGCUAUUUUAUCAAACAGGGAUUUACUAAAGAGAUUCACUUGGAGAAAGAUAGAUGGCAAGGUUACAUAAAAGAUUAUGAUGGGGGAAUUCUCAUGGAAUGUAAGAUUGAUCCAAAGCUUCCUUACACUGAUUUGUCAACUAUGAUUCGUCGUCAAAGACAGGCAAUAGAUGAAAAGAUUAGAGAACUGUCAAACUGUCACAUUGUUUAUGCUGGAAUUGAUUUUCAGAAGAAAGAAGCUGGUAUUCCUAAGAAAAUUGUUGAUGACAUCCCUGGUUUGAGAGAGGCUGGAUGGACUCCUGAUCAGUGGGGUCAUUCGCGGUUCAGAACUUUAGGUGGUUCUACCGACACUGCUACAAAUCUAAAACAUUUGACUGCAUUUAUGCGAUCACUUCUUAAGUCGAUGCAUGAUCAUGCUGAUGCUUGGCCAUUCAAGGAACCUGUUGAUGCACGGGAUGUUCCUGAUUAUUAUGACAUCAUCAAAGAUCCAAUGGAUCUGAAGACAAUGAGUAAGAGGGUGGAGUCAGAACAAUAUUACGUCACAUUUGAGAUGUUUGUUGAGGAUGUCAGAAGAAUGUUUGCGAAUGCACGCACCUAUAAUUCUCCAGAAACCAUUUAUUACAAAUGUGCUACAAGGCUAGAAGCCCACUUUCAAAGCAAAGUGACAUCGGUCCUCCAGUUAGGCUCCAAAAUUCAGUAGGGACACUUCUACAGCCCUGCGUAUUGUUGUAUUAUUUUAUUUAGAUAAUUAUGUCCCAUACAAAGCAACUAGCCAUGUAAAUAGUAGCAUCUAUUUAAACGAAUUUUUUUAUUUUAAUUCUGUUUUAUGUAGCUGCAUAGCAGAUUUUUUGCGCAAACUAUAUCUUCUCUUAUAAAUGAUCCAUAUAUAUGAUUAAAUCUAUCAAAGGGAUAAUACACAGUGGCCAAUUCAGUAUUC